GUUUAGUUAGAUUCGUCAACUCCAUUCACUCCAGUGAUUAUACUAGUUCCUUGUUCCUAUGUUUACAGUCCACUCUUGUAAUUCAUUCCUUGGUACAUUUUGACAGUACGAAUAUAUUUUUUCCGUGUGCAAGACGUUGUUUUAUUUUCAAGAAAUUGAUCAAGCAAAGUUUUAAGGAACCAAGCAAGUAAUCCUACAUAUUUGUGGUCCUUCGAGCCGGAUUCGAUAAUCGCCGCUUAUCAGUGAGAAAAAUUCAACGUCUUUUCAAAUAUUCGUACUCACUUUCUCAAAUCUUUCACACGCCAUUUUGGACGUCAUGGACAAUAUCAUAAAAUAUCAGAAGAAUCUCAUUGAGAAUUUAGGAAAAGCAGAGAGAAAUUACAAAAAAACACCGAAAGAAAGGAUAAAAAGGACAUAUUUAGAAACAAGGUUAGAAAAUUUAGAAGAACUUUGGAAAGAAUUUAAAGAUGGUCACAAAGCCAUACUUACAAAAGCCACGCCGAAAGAUCGAGAAGAUUCAUAUUUCACUGAAGAUAUGUGCGAACAGUUCGAGGAAUCUUACGUUUCCUAUAAAACGUCACUGAAAGAAGCCUUACAACAGUAUAUUACGUCGAGCUCAUCGGAAACGACGGGAACAUCGAAGUCAACAAUAAUUUCAAAUGAAAGUGAAGCCAAAUUACCUCGAGUUCAGUUGCCCACCUUCAGCGGAAGAUAUGUGGAAUGGCAGUCGUUCUGCGAUAUGUUUACGUCACUAGUGCACAAUAACAAAAAGUUGUCGGCCGUUCAAAAAUUACAUUAUCUGAAAGGGAACCUGUCAGUUAUUAAAUGUCGCAAUUCAAUGAGCUGCAAACGAUGUGGCAGAAGGCACCACUCAUUACUGCAUUUCGAUCGAGAGGAGAGUGGUGUACCAAAUAGCGUGAGCGUUUUAGCGCAGAGCGAGUCAACCAGUCCUGUAAGUACAUCUAUUUCUACAAACUUUUCGAGUGAAACUCUAGAACCAAGUCAAGUUUUGUUAGCUACUGUGUCAAUUUGGGCAUAUAACGAGCACGGGUACAAGCAACCAUUGAGAGGAUUAUUAGAUCAGGGAUCGCAAGCAUCGUUUAUCAGUGAAUCGGUGGUUCAGUUACUUGGACUUCCCCGUAAGCGUAUUAGUGGUACAAUUACGGGCAUUGGGGGUAGUGACCACAUUAGUGUCAAGUAUAUGGUUUCUCUUCAAGUGGCUUCACGUCACAACCCUGGGGCUUCAAUCCAAGUAAAUGCAUACGUUUUGCGAUCGGUUACGUCAUUACUUCCUUCAACCGAGCUACAGGCUCCUGAUUGGCUACAUUUAGAGAAAAUACCACUAGCUGAUCCAGGUUAUGCUACACCAAGUAAAAUUGAUAUUCUUCUAGGGGCAGAGGUAUACAGUGAGAUUUUAUUAGAUGGCAUCAUUCGUCACAAUAAAAUAUUGGCCCAAAACACUACCUUGGGUUGGGUAUUGUCAGGGAAAGUGUCAACCAAUCCUCCUUCUACUCACCAUGGAAUAAUAACCAUGCAUUUGCACUUAGGUGGCGAUGAGCUGCUAAGGAAAUUCUGGGAAAUGGAAAAUGAGCCCAACUUAAUUCAUAAAAGGAUGACGGAUGUGGAACAAAGAUGUGAAGAAUAUUAUAACAAGACAACAACAAGAGAUGAGGAGGGGAGUUUUAUAGUCAAACUGCCUUUUGAUAAAGAAGAUCCAGAGUGUCAAUAUGGAAAUUCAGUAGUAAUAGCCAAAAGAAGAUAUGAAUUUUUAGAGAAGAAGCUACAAAAGGAUCCCAAAUUAAAGGAAGAGUACAACAAGGUUCUACAAGAAUAUAUUACAAUGAAUCACAUGAUACAAAUAAAAGAAGAAGAGGUAGAUAAUCCCAAAGCAGUUUAUCUUCCACACCAUGCCGUAGUUAAAGAAGACAAGGACACCACAAAGGUACGAGUAGUUUUUGACGCUUCCUGUAAAGGACUGAACAACAUUUCACUUAAUGACAAUCUCAUGGUGGGUCCUAAGUUACAACAAGAUUUAAGACAUAUUGUAAUGCGCUGGAGAAGCCACAGGAUCUGCAUAGUAGCAGAUUUAGUCAAGAUGUUCCGAAUGGUGAAAGUCAGUUCAGAAGACACGGACUUCCAAAGGAUUUUAUGGAGACCUCAAUCAGAUCAGCCAUUACAACAUUUCAGAUUACUACGAGUAACCUUCGGUACGGCUUGUGCUCCAUAUUUAGCAGUAAAAACUCUUCAGAGGUUAGCUGAUGAAGAACAAGCCAGAUAUCCUACAGCAUCUAGUAUUACUAAAAAGGAUUAUUACAUGGACGAUCUCCUGACCGGCUGUGAGACGCUACAAGAGGCUAAACACAUAUAUAAUGAAAUGAACAAGUUAAUGAACAGUGGUGGCUUCGAACUACAGAAAUUCAGCAGCAAUAACCAAGACUUGUUAACAUAUAUUGGUGAAGACAAUAACAGCGAUAAUGAUUCAUUAAAAUUAAAAUCAACUCCUAUCAUGAAGAUACUAGGAUUGAAAUGGCACAGGAAUUUAGAUUGUUUUCAGUAUUCAGUUGAUUUACCAGAAGUGAAGCAGCCUAUUACUAAACGGCAAGUAUUAUCAGAGGUGGCCAGAUUGUAUGACCCAUUGGGAUGGAUCGCUCCUGUGAUAAUUACAGCAAAAAUAUUUAUCCAAAAGGUAUGGAAGUCAAAGCUUGAUUGGGAUGACACACUGACACCAGAUUUAGUGAAUGAAUGGUUACAAUUUAGAACGAGUUUGAUACAUUUACAGCAAAUAAACAUACCACGAUGGUACUGUUUCAGUCCAGGACAAAGAAUUGAGUUACAUGCAUUUGCAGAUGCUUCAAAAGUAGCGUAUGGUGCUGCUGUAUACAUUCGUAUUAUAAAAAAUGAUAACGAAAUUUGUGUGAGUUUAGUCUCAGCAAAGAGUAAGGUUGCUCCUAUUGAGAAAGAAAUAUCAAUUCCUAGAUUGGAACUAUGCGGAGCAGUUCUAGCAGCAAAGUUGCUAUUUGAAGUUGCACAAAUAAUGAACAUUCCAAAGGAGAACUUAUAUGCCUGGUCUGACUCGACAAUAGUCUUAGCAUGGCUGAGAGGAGGCUCUAGUCGUUGGACUACUUUUGUGAGUAAUCGCGUUUCAGAAAUUCUUAACAUUUUAGAUUCAACGCAAUGGAGGCAUGUUACUACUGAUUUUAAUCCAGCUGACUGUGUAUCAAGAGGCCUAGCUGCACAAGAUUUAUCACAACAUUUGUUAUGGUGGUCGGGACCUUCUUGGCUUUCACAAUCCAGUAUAGAGUUUGACAAUUUUGACAUAAUAGAAGACACUCAUGAAGAAGAAAGACAUUCAGCCUUGACAGCCUUACCUGUAUUUAAUAAUGAAUUCAUCUGGACUAUGUUUUCCACACUAUCAAAAACAUUAAAAGCUAUAUCUUAUUGGAGAAGAGUUUUACAGAAUUUGAGACUACCUAAGGAAAAGAGGAAAUUAUAUACAAAUGUUGUUACACCAUCAGAAUUAAAGGAGAGUUUAAUUGUAUGCAUCAAACAAGUUCAAGAAGAGUAUUUUAGUGAAGAUAUAAAGCAAUUAAAGCUAAAGAAAUUUGUGGCUAAGAGGAGUAAACUACGUACGCUUUGUCCCAUUCUUGAUGAGAAUGGGAUUCUAAGAGUCGGUGGUCGAAUUGACAAGUCACAAGUAAGGUAUGACACGAAGCAUCCUAUAGUUCUUCCAGCUAAGAGCCAUCUUACGAAGCUUAUCGUGAGUGAGGCUCAUCUUAGAACGCUUCAUGGUGGACCUCAAGCUAUGUUGUGCUAUUUGAAAACGAAAUAUUGGAUAUUGAGAGCCAAGGAGGUAGUUAAAGGUCAUUAUAGAUCGUGUGUUAAAUGUUUGAGAUAUUCUAAGUCUAAAACUGACCAAUUGAUGGGGCAGAUUCCAGAAGUCAGAUUGAAGCCAACCCGGCCUUUUAAAUCAUCUGGUUGUGAUUAUAUGGGUCCCAUAAAUCUUAAAUUUUCUACUGGAAGAGGAGCUAAAACCUAUAAAGGAUAUGUUUGUUUAUUUAUUUGUAUGAGUACUCGAGCUAUUCAUUUGGAGGUUGUAACUGAUUUGUCUUCAAAGGCUUUCAUUGCAGCGUUUAGGCGUUUCACCGCACGAAGAGGUCAUUGUCAGGAUUUGUUUAGUGAUAAUGGUACUAAUUUUGUUGGUGCAAAUAGACAGCUUCGUGAGAUGUUCGAUCGUGCUAAGUCAUCUUUGCCUCGUGAGGUAGAAUAUUUAUUGAGCUUGGAACAAACAACGUGGCAUUUCAUACCUCCACAUGCCCCUAAUUUUGGAGGUCUGUGGGAGGCUGGAGUACGUAGUGUUAAAACACAUUUAUAUAAAGUAAUAGGUGAUAGCACUCUCACUUAUGAGGAGCUAUCGACCGUUUUAACACAAGUUGAGGCUUGUCUCAACUCUCGACCGAUUACAGUAAUGAGUGAUGAUCCUAAUGAGCCCCAAGCUUUAACACCGGGACAUUUUCUUGUAGGUGAGCCAUUGAUUAAUAUUCCUGAUGAAGAUAACUCUAAUCAUAACAUUGUAGGUCUUGAUAGGUGGAGAUUAACACAAAAAAUAGUCAAUAAUUUCUGGAAACGUUGGUAUAAAGAAUAUUUAGUUAAUUUAAAUCAAAGACAUAAAUGGAACGUUAAAACAUCUGAGCCUGAAGUUGGUGAUGUAGUAAUUUUAAAGGAUGAUGGUAUUCCACCUGCUAAAUGGAUUCUUGGCAAAAUAAUUAAAAAAUAUUACGGCCCAGAUAAUAUUUCACGUGUAGUAUUAAUUAAGUGUAAGAAGGGCGAAUUGAAACGCCCCAUAAGCAAACUUUGUUUUUUACCUAAAUAAAACUAUUGUUUAGUUUUUUCUUGUAAAUUCACUUGCUAAAUGUUAUGUUAUGAAUACAGUUUAAGUUUAUUUGGGUGUUGUUGGACCCAUUAAGUCUAAUUGUUUAAUUUUCUGAUAGAUUUUAAGUUUCACCUUAUAAGUGUUAUCUUGAUAUAAUGGAAAGUAAGUUAGUGGUCAUUGUUUUAUCUGAGUAUUUCACGGUGGGCGGAUUUUGUACACAAGAUAGUAAUUGUUAUUUAGCUUUGAUACUCACGUUGAAUACUCAUGUUAAUUAAUUUAAGUUUGUGUUCUGUUUCUCGAGUUGAAAGUACUACGUCCUUUGGUGGGCGGUAUGUUUAGUUAGAUUCGUCAACUCCAUUCACUCCAGUGAUUAUACUAGUUCCUUGUUCCUAUGUUUACAGUCCACUCUUGUAAUUCAUUCCUUGGUACAUUUUGACAGUACGAAUAUAUUUUUUCCGUGUGCAA